AUGAGAAAUUCUUCAAACUAAAAUAGAUAAAAAUAAAAAAUGAAUAAUUACUUAGAUAGUUCAAACAAUAGGUUAAAGUGUAAGACGGAUAAUGAUAAAACAGCUAUAUCAGCUUCUUAGUCUCCAACUCCUUCUAUGAUAUAUAAAUCAAAUCAAUCUAAUCCUACAAAGAGGCCAUCUAACUCCCAACAAACAUAAAAAGUAGAGUAAAAGCAACCUUAAAAUUAAUAGAAAUAAAUUCAGCAAUAAAAUUAGCCAAAUUAAAAAUAAUAAAACUAAAAUAACCCCUCUCCUUAGAAGCGUAGAGCGAGACCUGAAUGGAAAAUUUCUUGCUAUCGAAAAAUUAUUCAAAAAUGGUAAGCUGUUAUGAAUAGAAGAAUAUAUUCAUUUUCUUGCUUUGCUUUACAAGUUGGAGAUGUCAUUAUUUUUUCUUUAACAGCAGCCUACAUAGUGUUUAGCUUUUUCGAAGAAAUAGAUACAUAAUCUUCAGGCAAUGUUGCUUAAAUGAUGCUAACACUAACAAUUAUAUUUGGAUGUAGAAACGGUUUAUUAAGCUUUAUUUUUAGCUUAAGCUUAGAAAGAGCACUUUUAUGGCAUUAAAUGUUUGCUUGGGGAACUUUAGCUCUUUCGAUAAAUCAUUGGAUGCAUUCAAAAGAAAUCAUGAGCGGUUAUUUAGCAAUUGCACCUAUUUUUGGAUUAGUUGCAUUCUCAAUACAACCCAUUAGAAGAUACUUAUGGGAGUUUUUUAUGAGAAUGCAUUGGAUAUUAAUUAUAGUCUUAGUUGUUGGUUGUAUCUUACAUAGAGUUACCUUAGGGGUAAUAGCAUGUGGAUAUUUCUUCUUAGAUAUAUGCUUUAGAAUAUACAAUGUUUGUAAGUAUCGGGAAAUGUCUAGAUACAUGACUUUAGAAAGAGUAGGUAAUAAUAUAACAAGAUUAAGUAUGACCAAUGAAGAUUGUUAUUUUAAAGGAGGAUAGUAUUUUUUCAUCAUGAUUCCUCAUCUUAGUUAUUUCUAAUGGCAUCCAUUUUCCGUUUUUAGUGCAUCAUAUGAAGAGGAGAUGGUAUUCUAUGUAAAAAGCCUUGGAAAUUGGACAGGCGAUUUAUAUGAUAUCGCUGGAAAACCAGGAUAACCUACCAGCUAUAGGGCGUAUAUAGAUGGUCCAUACGGAUCUCAUUCAAUUAGCAUUGAAGGUGAUAAAUAUUAAAAUUUCUUAAUGAUAAGUGGAGGAAUUGGAGUAACUCCCAUCAUAAGUACAGCGAAAGAAUUAUUAGCAGAAAUAGAUUAUGGUAGACCAGUGAAGAAUUUACAUUUUAUUUGGACUGGCAGAGAUUCCGCAUUAGUUGAAGGAGUUUUCGAGCCUGGAGACCUAAAGUCUCUAUUACAUCAAGAAGAAGCAAAUAUAUUGCAGACUUUUUAUCAUUAUUCAGCUGAAGGAGAUAAAAGAAUUACUGAUAUUGAAAAGCAAGCUUAAAAGAAUAAAUAAUAAAUAGUAGAACUUACAAAAGGAAGACCUAAUUUUGAUAAAUAUUUUGAUAACGCAUAUAGAUGUUGUUUAAAAUCUGGGCAUUCCUUAGUAGCUGUACUUGUUUGUGGUCCUUAAGAAUUAAUUGAUUUAGUUGAAAUAUAGGCAAUGAAAUAUUCAACAGAUGGAAUAAGGUUCGAUGUACAUCAAGAGGUGUUUAAUUUUUGA